AUGUUUUACUCGUUUUUUCUUUCUUUUUCUAUUUGUUACUCAUUUUCUUUUUUCUUCUAUUUUUCUACAUACAUUUUCCUUUUUUUUCUUUCAUCAGUUUUUGACUUAUUUUUUUCUUUUUUUAUUGUUUUACAUAUUCUUUCUUUUGGUUUCUUCUAUUUUUCUACAUAUUGUUCUUUGUUUUUCUUUCUUUUAUUUUUAAUUAUUUUUCUUUCUUUUUCUUUCUUUCUAUUUUUCUUUAUCUACUUGUUACUCAUUUUCAUUCUUUUUCUUUCUUCUAUUUUUCUAUAUAUUUUUCUUUGUUUUUUCUUUUCUUUUUUAAUUAUUUUUCUUUCUUUCUAUUAUUCUUUAUCUACUUGUUACUCAUUUUCAUUCUUCUAUUUUUCUACUUUUCUUUCUUUAUCUAUUUGUUACUCGUUUUCUUUCUUUCUACAUGUUUUUCUUUCUUUUUUCUCCUAUUUUUUUUCAUAUUUUUCUUUCUUUUUUUACUUAUUUUUAUUUCUUUUUUCUCCUAUUUUUAUUUCUUUUUUCUCCUUCUAUUUUUCUGUAUAUUUUCUUUUUUCUUCUAUUUUCUAUUUAUUUUUCUUUCUUUUUUCCUUGUAUUCUUUUUACAUAUUUUUCUUUUUUCUUUCUUCUAUUUUUCUAUAUAUUUUCCUUCUAUUUUUUACUCAUUUUCUUUCUUUUUCUCUAUUUGUUCCUCAUUUUCUCUCUUUGUACUUAUUUUUCUUUAUUUUACACAUCCACACACACACACAUACACUGCGACAGCAGGUGUAUAUUCAACAAAAGCAGACAAAACCUUUAUUUUUAUCGUCUUAUGAAUAA